AUGUCUAGCUUGUUGGCCUACAGCGAUAAGUCAUCCAAUUCACCAAUAACUACGCCCAUUCACAAAAUACCAAAUGCUCUCAAUAUUGAUGGCGUCGUGAAUCCAGAAACAUUGAAUGCACAUCUCAGUCUACUUAUCAAAUUUAAAGCUUUGGAACAGAAUCUUUUGGAAAAAUACAGCGCAAAAUGUGAAAAGGAUUUUAUUCCCGUUCCCCCUAUCGAAUCUCAGAAAAUUUGGGAAGAGUUUACAGGCACUCCCUGGGUUCUCGAUGCAAAUGAUAAAAGCAAUUUUACUAUUGUCUGUCCUUG